AUGAAGCCCAUUACAGAUGAGCUGGAGCCGGCUCACCUUACUUCUGUUGUCGGCGGUGACCGCAACUCCCAGGCAGUUGUCAACCCGGCUAUAGCCGGUUCGUUCCCGCCGGCGCUGAAGCUAGAGAGAAGUUUACCGCUCAAAGGGGUGGAUUUGCGCGAGCUGAGGGCACGUGACCUGGCACGUGAGAGGGCGCGCUUGAGUCGGAGGGUUCUUGCUGCCGGCGUCGUCGAUUUCCCCGUUGAGGGGUCAGCAAAUCCGUUCACCGUCGGGCUCUACUUUACUCGUGUAAAAUUGGGCAAUCCUUCAAAAGAGUUCUAUGUUCAGAUUGAUACAGGCAGUGACAUCUUGUGGGUGAAUUGUGAUGGUUGCAAUGGAUGUCCAACGAGUAGUGGACUCAGUAUUCAGCUGGAGUUCUUUGAUCCCCAGAAAUCAUCUUCGGCUUCGCUCAUCGGCUGCUCAGAUCAAAGGUGCUCUUCUGCUCUUCAGAGUGGAGAGGCAGCUUGCCCUGCUUCGGAUUCUUCGAUGAGUCAGUGUUCGUAUACUUUUCAAUAUGGUGAUGGUAGUGGUACGUCAGGGUAUUAUGUGUCGGAUACGCUGUAUUUUGAUACUGUUACUGAGAAUGAACAGUCUGCAAAUUCUUCAGCUAAUGUUAUUUUUGGAUGUAGCAAUUCACAGUCUGGGGAUCUCACGAAACCAGAUAGAGCAGUCGACGGGAUUUUUGGAUUUGGGCAGCACGAAUUAUCCGUCAUUUCACAGCUUUCUUCUGCAGGAGUUUCUCCAAAAGUAUUCUCUCAUUGCCUGAAAGGAUCGGAUAAUGGUGGAGGCAUACUGGUUCUUGGGAAAAUAGUAGAACCGGGUAUCGUCUAUACCCAACUUGUUCAGUCCCAACCUCAUUACAACUUGAAUCUACUAAGCAUUCUUGUCAAUGGGCAAGAACUAAAUAUAGAUUCUUCCGUGUUCUCAACAUCAACGACACAGGGUACAAUUGUUGAUUCUGGGACCACGUUGGCUUACCUAGCAGAACAAGCAUAUGAUCCUUUUGUUGAUGCAAUAAUUUCUUCUCUACAACCAUCCCUAGUACAGUCCUUUAAUAGCAAAGGAAACCAGUGUUUUGUUACAGCUAGCAGUGCUGAUGAUGUAUUUCCUCCAGUCACUUUGAAUUUUGCUGGGGGUGCAUCCAUGAAUUUAAAGCCUUCUGAUUAUCUUAUCCAACAGGGAUCGGUUAAUGGUGCCAUUAUAUGGUGUAUUGGUUGGCAAAAGAACCAAGGUGGAGUAACAAUACUGGGAGACCUUGUUCUUAAAGACAAGAUUUUUGUUUACGAUUUGGCUAAUCAGCGAAUUGGUUGGACAAACUAUGACUGUUCUUUGUCUGUCAAUGUUUCUUCAUCUUCUGGUAAGAAUGAAUUUGUCAACACCGGGCAGCUUGAUCUCAGCGGUUCAUUACGCAAUGUAAAUUAUAGUAUUUUGCCGAUGGGCCUCGUAGUUUUCCUUUUACAUGUUUUUGUAUCUCACAUCAAGCAAUUGCAACUUAUGUAGAAUGCAAUGUUCAUAGUUUCUCACGCACAUGCACAGAGAUUGUUGUAAAUCCAUUCUUUAUUAACGUAUUAGUCAAAGAAAGAUGGCAGUGUUUAUGAUAAA